GCAGAUGUUGAAGAACUUGUGCUGCCGGUAGGCGCAUCGUACCGGUAAAGGAUUCUAGUCGAAGUGCUGCAGUGGAGAAGUGAGUCGUUACUAUCUUAAGCUAAUUUAUAAAGUUCAAUUUAUUAUUCUUAGUUAGAAACUUACCAAAACAGGCACAUGCUUAAUACUGUAUGCAAUUUAUGUCGUGCUUGCCCAAUGCCGACGGAUGAGAAAGAAUCAUAUACAGAGUAUAAACGAAGCUUUACUUGGCGUCCAAACCCAGAUGAGGUUGUCCAGAAACCACCAGAAAGCGUUAAAACCAUGGAACCAGCCCUUUACAGAAAGAAAAAAUAUCAUGAUUUGACAUAUAAAAGGGAUCUUCUCUUAAACAAUGAAGAGGUAAUGGAUUACAGUGACUCUAAAAGUACAGGAGUUGGAAUCGACACACAUAGCUCAGAACGAAAAUCUAGGACUUUGGAACAGAAGCGACAAGUGAAUGGAAUUUCCAAUCCACAUAAGGAAUAUGUGAAACAACCUCACGUUGAUGUAGAGCCAGUUUAUCCUACUUUUAUACCUUAUGGAAAUCCAAACCUUGUUGAGGAUACUACAGUUGUACCCAAAGUGACUGAGUAUCGUUCAAAUUUUGCCUGGCCUCUUGAUGGAUCACCAUUAUCUGGAACACACAAGGAAAGUUAUGGAUCAGACCAAUCAACUUCAAAAACAACAGAAGAUAGCAGCUCUGAAUCACCAGAAAUCUUUAGGAAUCAGAAUGAAGAUGAGAAAUUAAGUCCAAGAACAAUUAUGGGCAAGAAGACAGAAUAUAAAUCGAAAUUUCAACCAUUCUCAGCUUAUGUUUAUGUGGAUGGCAGUUGGAAAAAAACUGAGAAAUUAAGGGACGUGGAAGGAAAGCCUUUAGAUGAAGCUAACCCCUGGUACUCUGAAGUUGUGGAACGAAUAAAGAAGGCAGGUGAGUACCGUGUCCGAUCCCAGGGAAGACCUUUUUAUGGAGACCAGUCUACUAUGAUUACAAGAAAAUCUGUUGAAGAUGAAAGUCUUCUUCCUACCUAUGUCCUGAUUGCCACCUCAAGGCCCUCUGCUCGUUCAGCAAGCUCAGAGCAAAGAAAAGAGAAAACUCCUGAAGCCAAGCAUGAAGUUUCACCUCGCCGACAACCUAAAGUUAUGAGAGAAGGACAUACAUCAAAACUUUCUAGGCCAGCAUCUGUACCUCGGUUUGAAACAUCUGAAAAAGGAUCUGCUGUAACAACCCCUCCAGGUGCUAAGUCCCGUCCAGUGCCUCGUCGUCCACCAUCAUCCAUUGUUAAUGGACAGGAACCUAAGGUAUUGCCAAAACCAACAACAACAGAGAGUACAAAAAUGGAAGUGACAAAUGGAGAACAAUUAGAAAAGGAUAGAGAUGAAAAAGAUGCAGCAAAAGAACUAGUACAGUCAGAACAUAAGAAGAUUGAAAAAUUUUCUCCACAGGAUGCAGUUCGUCCUAAUUCUCUUCAAGCUGUGAAUGGAGAUCUUGAAUCCAAAAGUCCCUCACCUAUUCCUGAACCUCCCACUGGACCUGUUCCUUUAACCACAGUUAAGUCACCAGAAGAGGUCACAGGUAUUAAAUCUCCUGACCCAGAAACUUGGACAAUCCCACUUGAGACCAGUAAAGACCUUGAAUGGACUGAUGGUCAUAUUCCUGUUGAUGGAAAGCGAAGCAAGUAUCCUUCUGAUUUUAUAGUCAAAGCUGAAGUUUUCCCAGAAAAUGGAGAACUUAUAGAGUCAGGUGUUUAGGAUUCAACUGAGAUCCCUCAUUCAGUGUCCGAGAUGAACACCUAGUAUGCAUCAUUAAUAAUGACAUAGUUAAUGCACAUUGUAGGAUAGACAUUUCCUGAAGCAAAAGCUUGUGAUGCUCAAGGUUUUCUGGCCUUCCCUCUAAUCCUUCUUGUCAAUCUUUGUGUCUGUAGGUUACGUUACCAUUAAUUAUUGUCAUUAUUAUUUAUAUCUAUGUUUACAUUACUGAUAAUUAUUCUCAUCAUACUUUAUGUCUAAGGGUUACAUUAUCACUAAUUCUUCUCAUCAUUCUUUAUUCUGUAGGUUGCAUUACCACUAAUUCUUUUCAUUAAUCUUUAUGUCUAUAGGUUACAUUACCACUAAUCCUUCUCAUCAUUCUUUAGAUUACACUACCACUAAUUCUUCUCAUCCUUCUAUAUGUCUGUAGAAUACAUUAUCACUGUAGUUGUGGGCAAAGCUUACAAUAAUUGUUGAGGCUUAGAUUUGCUGUUUUGUUAUUUUGUAAUGUUUACUAAAUGUUUAUUAUUUAUCAUUUUGUACUGUAAACAGUAUUUAGCUAUGAGUGGUUUUUCAGUGCAAGUUUUUAUAAAACAUGAUAUAUUCUUGUAAUGCUUAUUAGAACUCUGGCUGUGCAUUAAGUAUGUGUAGAUAUGUAAAUAUGUCUAUAAAUGACCUUUUUUUAUAUUUUUUUUAAUUCUGUGAUAAUAUAACUACAGCUUUUAAAGUGUGACCUACAUUUUCAUUUUGUGAUUUCAAGUUUAUUUUUCAAAACAAAGUUUGAACCUAAGGUAGAUUUAGAUAAAAUCUUGCUGAUUAUUCAAUUAAUUUAUAUAUUUUGGAAUUAGCAUCACAAGUUUACUUAUAUAUCAGUAAGAUGGUGGAAAAUAAUCUUAUAGUUACCAGGGUGUGUUAUAAUAGCAUUCUGAUGUAAAGAUGGCCAACUGGCAGCCCACAAGCCAAACCUGGCCCUCAGAGGUAUUUUAUCUAGCCCCUGAUUUUAUUUUUAAAAUCAUUUUUUAUUUUGGCAAAACAAAAACAGAAAAUGAAACUUUGACCAAGCAAACCAGUCCCAUGAUGUUUCUAAGAACUUUCUUCAAAUGUUAACUCAACAUUCAAAUCCAUACAAUUAACUGAGAGUCUGUAGUGGGUGGACAGUAGAAAUUUAAAUUAAGAAAAUGUUCUAAACACACUUUACCCAGUCAUAUAGUUUUAAUUCCCAGUCUAGGUAAGAAUCUGGCCCAGGAGCAUAAAAAAAAUUGGUCAUCCCUACUCUAUUGUUAUGCCUUAAGUCAAAAAUUACUGUAACAAAUGGUUACUUGUUGUUAGUUGAAGUCAUUUGCAAUCCAUCUAGAGUAAAUUGCAUUAAGCUGAUUCAUCACAAAACUGUUUAGAAUAAUUAAGAUAUGCAAAUUCUUUAUUCUUCAAUCAUCUUAAUAUUUGUACUCUUGAUAAUAUAUGCAGAGAUUACUAUAAGGUAGUACUUGCACAAACAAAUUGGGAACAUUAUCUAUAGGUGUGUCAUGUAAUUAUUUUAAUAAUACAUAUUUCCAUUAUUAUUGAGAUUGAACAUGUCUUUUCAACCAACACAUUUUCCACAUAACAUAAUGUUUAUCAUCUUCCUAUAUCUCAGUUAAUUUUUCUUCCCUUUUGCAUAUAAGUUUUUUUUUAAAUAUGCCAGCAUAAGACAGUCAUUCAUUUAUAUUAUU